AUGGAUCUGUGUACCACUGCACCGGCUGCACCAUCAGCCUCUCACAAGACCGAUGCUUUAAGUCGAGAGUCAAUUCCUGAUGCAACGUUGUUCACUUUGCCUUCCGCCGACCUUCCCCACAUACAACAAGCCGUCAUAACUCCAGUAGUUGGCCCGGAGCUGAACGUGCAUUAUUCCACGAUUCCAGUCCGUUUUCCAGCGCCCAGCGAAGUAGUCGUCAAGAUCGCUUGGACUGGCGUCUGUCGCAGCGAUCUCUCGUUCUCAAAAGGACCGUUACCCGGCUUUGCCAAACACAACCAUAUCGCAGGCCACGAAGGCAUUGGUCACGUUGUCGCUAGUUACGAUAACUCACUGCUCGGCCGGGUCGUAGCCGCUCGCUAUGUCGCCGGUAUAUGCCACAAAUGUUGGGCUUGCCUGCGUAGCAUCCCUGACGCUUGCAUAAACCAGAGGAACUUUCCAAAGCAUCACGAUGGGACAUUUCAGGAGUAUGUUACAGCGCCAUGGACCUCGUUUAUGCCGUUGGAUGCCACAGGCCUCGAUUCUGAUAUGUCGCUCGAUCCUGCCUUAUACACCGCAGCUCUUUGCUCGGGAGCUGCAGCUUUGAAAGCGUUGCGCGAAUCGAACGUUCGCCAGAACGACGUCGUGCUCAUCUUUGGGGUUGCAGGUGCAAUCGGGCAUCUUGCGGGCAUGAUAGCCAGAAAAGUCUUCGGUGCUCUAGUGAUUGGGGUGGAUCGUGCUAAAAAAGUAGAAGCUUUGGCGGGGUCUGUAGCGGACGAGCUGUUCGAUGCCUUCGUCGCUGCACCCGAGGGUCCCAAUGAUGAUGCCAGUUUUGCAGUCAAAGUCAAUAAGGCCUGUACAGAUCUCCGUGGUGGUUGCGUCGAGCCGAAGCGGCCUGAUGCGAUAAUCAUGGCUGUUAGUUCAGACGAGCCUUAUCGUUGGGCUAAUCUUGUUCGCGAUGGGGGAACCGUCGCAUGCCUCAGGUGGGUUUCAUCCUACGGAGCUCGUGUCUCAUUCAGAGCUAACCAAUACAGUGUAUUAAGCUCUACAACUAUGUUGAGCGUCCGAAUUGCUGAGCUCGUCGAACGACAGAUCUGCAUCAAGGGCGUUAUGAUGGGUGGACGGGACGAGAGCUACCAAGUGAUGCAGUACAUCAGAGAUAAACGCAUCAAGCCGAUUAUCACGAAAGUAGCGCUUCGGGAGUUACCAGGAGCCAUUACUGAGAUGACCCGAGAUGCUUUCGUGGGCAAGUUGGUAGUAGCUAUGGAGGACUGCCUCACUCAGCCUUGA